CUUACUCGUACUAAACCUAACCACAGAAGAAGAUUUAACUGCUAGGUUGGGUUAAACAUUGCAUGUUUAGACGUGAGCAUCAAAAUGCUUCUACAGACGGUCAGACCGUGGUUGCUUCGCUGCAGGAGCAUACCUUUGGCUUGCACACGGUCUUACUACGCCGAUAAAGUAGCUCGACUCGGGUCUCAGCCGGAUAAACAGUCUUCUGAAUUUCAGGAGAAUUAUGAGCGAAUGCAAGUGCUUGUUGAUGAACUGAAAAGCCGGACAGAGAAGGUUAAAUUGGGUGGGGGAGAAAAAGCCAGAAGACUUCAUACUUCUCGUGGGAAACUCCUGCCUAGGGAGCGUAUAGACAGACUGCUAGAUCCAGGGACCCCUUUUUUGGAAUUCUCUCAGUUUGCAGCAUAUGAAUUGUAUGGAAAGGAGGAAGUCCCUGCAGGCGGUAUCCUUACUGGGAUUGGGCGGGUUUCAGGGGUGGAAUGUGUUAUUGUUGCAAAUGAUGCCACUGUCAAAGGCGGAACAUACUUUCCAAUUACAGUGAAGAAACACCUUCGGGCACAGGAAAUAGCUCAGCAGAACCACUUGCCAUGCAUUUAUUUGGUGGAUUCGGGAGGGGCCAAUCUUCCCAGGCAGGCCGACGUCUUUCCAGACAGAGAUCACUUUGGACGUAUUUUCUACAACCAGGCCAGGCUAUCUUCAGAGGGAAUAGCACAGAUUGCUGUUGUGAUGGGCUCCUGUACUGCUGGAGGAGCUUAUGUGCCUGCCAUGGCAGAUGAGAGCAUUAUUGUGCGGAAGCAAGGAACCAUUUUCCUUGGAGGCCCUCCACUGGUCAAAGCUGCCACUGGGGAAGAAGUUUCUGCAGAGGACCUUGGUGGUGCUGAUCUUCACUGCAAAAAAUCUGGUGUGACAGACCACUAUGCGUUAGAUGAUAACCACGCACUCCAUUUAGCAAGAAAGACAGUGAGAAACCUCAACUACAGAAAAAAUAUUGAGGUCACCACAGAACCUACUGAAGCCCCUCUCUACCCUGCAGAUGAGCUCUAUGGCAUAGUUGGGGGUAAUUUGAAACGCAACUUUGAUGUCAGAGAGGUCAUCGCCAGGAUCGUAGAUGGCAGUAAAUUUGAUGAGUUCAAGGCUUUCUAUGGAGACACACUUGUUACAGGAUUUUCAAGAAUAUUUGGUUACCCUGUCGGAAUCAUUGGCAACAACGGAGUCUUGUUUUCAGAGUCUGCGAAAAAGGGAACGCAUUUCAUCGAAUUGUGCUGCCAACGAAACAUUCCACUUAUUUUUCUCCAAAACAUAACAGGCUUCAUGGUGGGUAGAGAGUAUGAAGCAGGAGGAAUUGCCAAGGAUGGAGCUAAGAUGGUAACUGCCGUUGCCUGUGCAAAUGUACCCAAGAUUACUGUUAUCAUUGGCGGCUCCUAUGGUGCAGGAAACUAUGGCAUGUGCGGCAGAGCCUACAGCCCUCGAUUCCUGUACAUGUGGCCAAAUUCCCGAAUCUCUGUAAUGGGGGGUGAACAGGCAGCCACUGUCCUGGCCACCAUCACCAAGGAUCAGAGGGCACGUGAGGGAAAGGAGUUCACAGCAGAGCAAGAGGCCGCCAUGAAGAAACCAAUAGUACAGCGGUUUGAAGAGGAAGGCAGUCCAUACUUCUCUAGUGCUAGACUGUGGGAUGAUGGGAUUAUUGAUCCUGCUGAUACUCGUUUGGUUUUGGGACUGAGCCUCAGUGCAGCACUGAAUGCACCAACGAAGAAGACACGUUUUGGAGUGUUCAGGAUGUAAUGCUUAUUUAGCUUGAACAGGUGAAGAGUUAUCUGUUAGAGUUGGACAUAUGCAGUCUUUAAACUAGUCUUUGUAGUUUUACUUGUGAGGUGUCACCAGAUUAUAAGCAAACACAGAAAAAAGAUAAAUCACUUACGUAGAAUCACACUACCUGGGAUCAGUGGGGACGUGAUUGGAUGAUGUGCUGUUGUUGUGGGAUAUUUCCACUAAUAAGGUGUGCCUUAACUGUUACUUUUCCAGUGUAAAUGCAAACUGUACUUCACUGUAUUCUUUUCCUCUUUCCCCUCAUACAUUGAUUGGUUUUUUUUAAACCAAAUACUGUAAAUGAUGAAUUAUAAAAAUGUGAAAACAUACAAGUUGCUAUUUUUAUUCAGGACCAUUACUGCUACUCAGUACCUGCAGUACCUGGUAUAGGAAUAUCAGAGAAAAACAAUAUUCAUAAGGGGGUGCUGUUUAGCUAUAAAUGUUUGACUGGCCACAGUCUAGAGGGUUGGUAGAAGCACACUCAACCUUUUUCAAGCUAAAUGCCCUUGUUAUAACACAGUGGUGUUCUCGUAUUGACAGAGGAGCUGUUUUGAGGAAAACUAAGCUGAAGAUGUCCAAGCUUGGUGCAAUUAUCUCUGUAUGCCCACUUGAGCUCUUGUCCAGAGGCACUAGUUUAUUGUGCCUUCUGAGCCAGCCGUCUAUUUGCUUUUCAUGUUAAUAAUUGUGCAAAUAUUGUGUUAUAGCAGGUGGCAAUAGGAUGUAGUCUUAUAGAUCGCAAAGUACAGGCAGUGUGUAAUGUGUACUGAAGCUGAGCCACCAAGGAAGAGUGCUUAACUUUGCCAGCUGGCCACCCUGUUCUUUCCUCCCUCUUUUCCAUUUUGUCAAUCUAUCUCUUUAACUGAACAUGCUGCACACAGUUGGUAUACCCACAUAUUGGUAUGGACCAUCUGAGUUUACUUUAGCAACAAGUUACAUUCUUUCUCUUUAGGACUUUAAGUGGCCAAGGAUUAGGUACAGCAGUAGAUUUGAAUGUCAGCCAGCUGGUUAAAAUGCUUAACUUGAAGCCCUUCAUGCUCAUCUGUGUAUGCUUGUGUGGCUGGCACACUGAGGCUGUGGAGAGCUUCACCUUAGGGAGAGCAAAAAUAACUUGUGUGUGUGUGUCACCCACACAUCCUCCACCACCUCCUACCACCAAUUUUUAAAAGUGGUUCGCUGGUUAUGCUUCAUCUUCUUCCACCAAAUUUCACUGUGGGAGCAUUACCAAACAGCCUGAACCAGUUUUAAAAGUUUAGAUUUUAUUGAAGGAAGUAAAACUUUCCAGAAAUGUUCUAAUGACUCAGAAAAGUAUUGUCUCAUGCCUGUUUUUUUCGGUAUGUAAUAAAAGACAGACUACAUAAAUGUAGUAUAAUCAUA